AUGAGUCUAUUACCUCGUUCUGCUGAGGAGUUCAGCUCUGCGGAGUACUGGGAGCGGUUCUUCAAGAAGCGUGGCGAAAAGUCUUUCGAGUGGUAUGGAGACUACAACAAACUUUGUGGCGUGUUGCAUAAAUAUAUAAAACUCCAAGAUAAGGUGUUGGUCGUCGGUUGUGGUAACUCAGAGCUGAGUGAACAGAUGUAUGAUGUUGGUUACAAAAGGCUGACCAAUAUUGACAUAAGCGAAACAGUGGUGACACAUAUGAACCAGAGGAAUGCAGAGCGCCGCCCUAAUCUCACUUUCCAGCAAGUGGAUGCAACACAGACACACUAUGAGGAUGCCCUUUACCAGGCCUGUUUGGACAAGGGCACCCUGGAUGCCAUGGCAUCUGAAGAGGACGGAGCAUUGGCAAGGAGGAUGCUAGCUGAGGUGGCGCGCGUGCUGUGUGUCGGGGGGCGCUACCUCUGCGUGACGUUAUCCCAAGAGAGUGUGGUGAAGUUGGCCGUGGAGCACUUUGUGUCACUGGGCUGGGCGGUGAGGUUCCACUGCCUGCAGGAGGCGGAGAACAGCGAGGACUCCUUCGCACUCCCCGUCUUCAUCUUGGUCUGCACCAAGUUCCGCCAGCCCAUGCCUGUGCCCAUACUGGAAAUGUGUCUCGGGGAGGAAGGCACGCCCAACCGCCUUGCGGGUGUGGCGGAGCUCCUGUCGGCCGUCAGGGAGCUGCAGUCCUACUCUGUGCUGAGGAAACGGCUACGUACUCGCACAGACGCCUCCUCCAACCCCUCGCUCACCCUGUGUCACGUCAAGACGGGUCUGCCCAGGUACACGCUCACGGUCCAGGACUGCGCUCAGAACGCCAGAGUCCCCAGAGGAAACUAUUUUGGGGUCUUUAUUGUGCCGCAAGGUAAAGAGUCUGACUGGCAGUAUGGAUCCAGUGAGGGCCGGAGCCAGCUCGCCGCUAGCGCCAACUUCAAGCGGCUGGUUAUUGUGGCAAUGCACAGGGACCAGCUUUACACUGACAUGCAGGCUGUGCAGGCAGAGCUCUCCCAGAUGGUGAUGGAACUAGCUCCCCCCGGCAUGCCAGAAAACCAGCAGGUACCCUUUCUGUCAGUGGGUGGGGAGCUCGGCUGGAGGGAAGUGAUCAGCCGGGGCGUCAGUGAGCUGAGUGGGGACUACUGUGUGGAGGACGUGAGGGGGGAGGAUGGACAGCUGUACCGCAGACUGGUGUUCCUUUCCAAUGCAGGCCUCGUCCAAUCAGAGGGACGCCUCAUCUCCACUGAGGCCGCAUCGGAUCAGAGAAAGAAGAAGGUGAAGCAGACUGCUCUUCCAGCAGCCUCCACAGGCUCCCUCCACGUUGACAGUGGCUUCCUGUGCUGUGCUCACCAUGAGGUCAUGAUCGCUGGCCUCACCAUGCUGGGUGUGGGAGCACAACAAAACAAAGACUGUCCUGUAUCAGUGCUCAUGGUGGGGCUGGGAGGUGGGGCCUUGGCUCAGUUCCUGCGGGACUUUGUGCCGGGGGUCACGGUGGAGGUGGUGGAGCUUGACCCUGUGGUGCUGGAACUGGCCAAGGGCUACUUUGCUUUCCGCUCAGACGACCGGCUGACGGUGACCCUGGGAGACGGCCUAGAGCGCAUCAAUGCCCUAGAGAAAGAAGGUGGUUGUUUAUUAGAUGUUAUCAUGUUUGAUGUGGACAGCAAAGACUCUACUGUGGGUAUGAGCUGUCCCCCUAGUGCCUUUGUAGAAACAUCUUUCCUCGAGAAAGUUCGUAACCUGCUAACCCCAAAAGGCGUCUUCAUGCUGAAUCUUGUGUGUCGGGACUCAGUCUUGAGGAAGACCGUGCUGGAGCGGCUGCGUGGCACUUUCUCCCAAAUGUUUUCCCGGAAGAUUGCAGGGGAAGUCAACGAGGUACUGCUCUGCUGCCGUGGCGACGGGGCGACCGAGGAAAACUCUUCUCCCCCGCCUUUGCCCUCGGCCAAGGCAGCCAAGAUCCUGCAGGCUGCACUCUGCAACCACACGGCCGGAAGAGCCUCAGGCCCUCAUAUAGACAUCCUCGACUUGUUAAAAGACCUCAAAAUUGCAUAAAAAGUUAUCUUGUCAACAACCAUUCAAGAAGGUUGCAGUGUCUUUUACAGCAGUUUAUGUAUCACAAUUGUUCUUAAACCAGUUCUAUUGCUGACCCCAGUGGGAAUGGAAUCCAAACCCUGGUAUUAAUGCCUAGCUCUCAGCUAAAAAGGAACUACAUUUGUUCCGUUGCAUCACAAUCAUUGUGGGAUGACCAUCAUCUUGUUUGGCAAAUAAAAAGUUGAUGUUGGAAAUACCAAUACAAAUAAGA